AUGUCGACCACAGACCCUGAAGCACCAGAAGAUCCAUUGGAAGAAGGCGACGCCCAGUUAGGUUUUCCCUCGGAGAAACUAGAGAGCUCCAAGGAAUUGGAGGAUGUUGGCUUGCUGGCCACAUCCCAGAUUUCCACCAAGGGAGAGCAGACAGCUCCUCCCAUCAUAGAAGACUUGAUCCAGGAAGAUGAGAACCGGCUUACAAUAAUGGAGACACUCUGGACUCACCAGUGUGUCCAAGAUGGUCUAUUCCAUUGGUCCAAGUCCUGGUAUUUUGCCUUCAAGACCUGGGAAGACUACAGGAAGCUCCGAUUUUUGCCAGUUACUCGUUACGAAAUACGGAAAGAGACUUGGCAGCAGUGGCUCCUGGCCGGAGGGAUCUGCGUGGGCGGAUGGGCCGCGAACUACCUGCCUUUCUUCCUGAUGGAGAAGAACCUCUUCCUUUACCGUUACCUGCCGGCCGUCACUUUCCAAAUCCUCCUGAUCGCCAUCAUUCUGCAGCACACCAGCGACUUCCUCUGCAGAUCCAGGCUUUCCAAGAGCAUGCACAGUGCUUUGGUGGUGGCCUGGAUGUCUUCCGUCUACCUUACGUACCACAUGUUCAGCCGCCUCACCUACGGAGAACCGGCACUCUUAAAAUCUGAGUUACAAGCACUACGUUGGAAGGAUAGCUGGGACAUUUUGAUCCGCAAACUCUGACCAAGCCUGAGAAACGGACGGCAGAGAGGAUGUCGGUGAUUGGAGGACCAAGAAAAGGAGAAAAAACUUCAUCUGAACAGAGAGUCCAUCUAAAGAUGGCUGCCACAAAGCUGGGACAACUGAAGAACAACUAAGACUAGGACUAUUGAACGUUUGCAGAACCAUCUGGGAAUUGAGGGCCUCCCGUGGAAGCAGAGCUGAUCAGGAAGACUUGUGAGGGUUAGAAGCAGGUAUGGUAGGACGUAUCCAACAGUGGGGGUCCUGGACCAGCAGGCAUCCCCUGGGUGGGAGGCAGGGAAGCCAGGCAGGGGACAGGCUACAGCGGGCUUGCUUGGUGUCAACCCUGAAGCGAACCUGGCUGAGGCCAUCUUUGACGCUUCAGGGUUGCCACGAGGCAGAAGAAAGGCUAGGGAAGUGGGGGAAAUACAUAGCUGGGGUUUUGUAGUAAAAAGUGGAGUAAAAACGUGGAGUGGAGUAACCAAGGAAACGAGACAAUCACUUUUUAUUAGCUGAAAAGCGCAGGAAGUCUCAAAGUUGGUUUUCAUCAGUUUCAUGCCAGUAUGAUGUAUCCA